AUGGGAAUUUUCCAUCAGGAUUUUGAAGGCUUUCGCGACGUCAUUCUUCGCCUCGCCUUCUCAGAUGAUACACCGGCUUCUACAGCAGUACUGAAAUCGCUUCUCACGGUAUCCGCUAUUCAACGCUAUGGGCCAUCGCUGCAGGUAGACGACUUGAAGUUAUCGGCUUUACGUGCUCUGAAGAACUCAAGCGAACAUGGGAUCGACGGCUUAGCAGGUGUUCAGCAAGUUGCGGCCCAGAUGUUGCUGUGUUCUUUCGAGGUGAAUUGCGCGGCGGUGACUUGGCCAUGGUAUAUCUGCGGAGCAAAUCACAUCAUCACGACCGCCAACCUGCCCAAAUCCUCAAAUGGAAGGGAGCUGAACGAUAUGGUUGAUUGGGUGGCCUACCAGCACGUCAUGUGCCGGUUCGGUCUGCAGCAUUGGCGCAAUGGAAACGACUACUGGAAAUUGCCUGCAAAGAAGCGCCUUGGGAUGCCGACAGUCUGCACUGACCAAACAGCACUUAAUGGAGCAAAAGGCCCCCGUGAGAUUGUCACAAUACUCUCCGAGGUGGUUGAGAGCAUCCAAGACCCUUCAGCAUCAUGCUAUCACUCUGCCAGCCAUACGGAUUCCCUCCGGCUGCUUGAAAACAGACUUGAAUCCCUACAAUCAUCGUUUUCUGCCUGGACGGGUACCGUCGACACACCCGUGGAUUUGGUCGAGCUGUAUAGGCUAGCAGCACUCAUUUACCUAGAACGAGCGUCUAUGCGAUCCUCUGGUCCAUCGGUAAAGAUCCAAAAAUGGUUUCAGAAAGCUUAUGCCAUACUAGAAAAGCAAGAGAUCUACCACAGUCCAUUCCCUCUGCUGGUAUUGGGAAUAGAAUCUCGGAACGAUGAGCAACGCAAGCUGUUUUUGAAACUUGUACGCCAGGCCGCCGUCACGUCGGGCUCAGUAGCAAUGAAGAAUGUGCACCGCAUGCUCCAGUCUGUAUGGCUACAGGACGACUUGGAGACCGAGAGAGUCCUGGACUAUCGGCUGAAAUUGAGGGCUGUCUUUAGUUCAAGUGAGAUACUUCCAUCAUUAGCCUGA